AUGGGUCUGUCCCAGCCGGACGCCCCAGCCAUGGACAGAGCUCUGCUGCCACAGCAUGACGCCGGGGAAAGGGAGCUCUGGGCUCGGCCCCCCCCCUGGAGAGCAGGGGGUCCUGCCCCCCCUGCAGCCACGCUGAGGGUCCUGAUCCUCACUCUGCUCUGGAGGGGGUCCCUGUCCCAGCUGCCCGGAUUUACCCUGGCGGUGCCGCAGUCGGUGUCGGUGCAGGAAGGUCUCUGUGUUCUCAUCACCUGCACCUUUACGUAUCCAGCCUCGUACGACACCUACAAUUCCUGGGCCCGGCUCUACAGAUACUGGUACAAAGAUCCGGCCGAUGUGGACCAGAAUCCGCCCGUGGCAAGCAGUGACCCCGACCGGGGGGUAUCGCAGGAGACCCAGGGCCGGUUCCGGCUGGCGGAGAAUCCGGCGCCCGGCGACUGCUCCCUGCAAAUCAGCGACGCCCGACGGACGGAUGAGGGGAGAUAUUUCCUUCGAGUCGAGAAAGGAACAUUGAAAUACAAUUACCGCUUCUUUACGCUCACGAUCUCCGUGCCAGGGCUGACGGAGGAGCCAGAGAUCCAGAUCUCGCCGGCGCAGAGGGUGCGAGAAACACUGCUGGCCCAGGAGCCGGUGAAUGUGACCUGCACAGCCCCUGGGCGCUGCUCCGGGCCCCCUCCCCGAGUCACCUGGACGGGGCCGUUCAGUGACACAGCCCGGGAUGUCUCAGCCCCGCUGGCAAAUGGCACCUGGGCCCACAGCUCCGAGCUCAGCUUCACACCCAGCCUGGGGGACCACGGCAAAGAGCUCGUCUGCACCGUCACCUAUAGCUCAGCACAGGGACCUUCCACCCGCAGAACCGUCCAGCUCCACAUCGGCUGCCCCAGCCCGAUCCUGAACGUCUACACAGACCUCGGAGGAAAUGUCCGCACUGCAAUCAAAGACCCGCAGCCUGAGCCCCACCCACCCGGGCCCCCCAACAUCACCGGGACCCUGACCAGGAACGGACGCCCCGUGCUGGAAGUGUCAGGAGCUGAGGGCGACAUCGUGUCUCUGGAGGCCCAGGAGGGCGACUCCCUGAGCCUGAGCUGUGAGGCUGGGAGCAGACCCGAGGCCACCCUGAGCUGGGCCAAGGGGAACGAGUCCCUCAGCCCCGGCCAGGGAGGGGCCGGGCGCCUAGAGCUGCCGAAUCUCAGCAGAGGGGACGCUGGAGAGUAUCAGUGCUGGGCGAAGAAUUCCUAUGGGUCGGCCAGCCGGGCCCUGCGUGUGCAUGUGCAGUAUCCCAGCACCCCGGUGGGGAACGGGUCACAGCUCACGGCCCAGGAGGGCGACUCCCUGCGGUUCCUCUGCUCUGUCACCAGCAGCCCCCCCGCUGUGCUGGGCUGGGUGAGGGGGGGCCGAGCCAUCAAGGGAGCCCACCUCGCAGGGGAGAAUCAGCUGCGGCUGGAGCUGCCCAACGUGACGGCCGAGGACGGGGGGCUGUACGGGUGCUGGGCCCAGAGAAAGGAGAGCUCUGCCCAGGGGACAUUCCAACUGCUCGUCGAGUACAGCCCCUGGCCGGGGAACAGCCUGAACGCGUCCUGCCAGCACCAGGGGCCCAGCGUCAGCUGCAGCUGCUCCCUGCGCUCCCACCCCCCACCCCGGCUCCAGUGGCAGGUGGACGGGGAGCCGCUGGCUGGGAAUGGCUCACGGGGGCCCCUGCAAGUCAGCUCCUGGGCCCAGGGGGAUGAGGCCAUCAGCACCCUGAGCUGGACGGGGAGCAGGGACAGGAGCCCCCGGAUCUUCUGCCUUGGCUCCAACACCCACAGGAUGUAUACUGUACUGCUGAGCCCACCGGACACAGGUGGCCUCACUCGGGCAUUUAUCGAAAUCAGCGGCAAACUCGUCUUCGUGGCGACUGGAUUCUUCCUGGCCUAUUACCUCACCGUGCUCUAUUACAGACGGUAA